UACCUGGUACCGGUACCGGUACCUUGUGAAAACACCACUUGGAUCCAAGACUCAGACCCAACCACACCGGAUCGUCCCUUCAUUCUUUUUCCAACCACAACUGUAUCCAAUCAUGCCUUCUAUCGUCUUCAAGAAAACCUUCAAGGACAAGGAGCACAGCGUCCGCAACGAGAAAGGGCUCUCCUUCCAUGGCACGUCCGUUACCAAGGCUUUGAUUGGACACGUCAACGAUGCUCUUCUCACGCUUCCUGUCGUUACGGAACAUGGAGACAACAAACCUCUUCAGUUCCAAUGGAACGGCAAGCACUGGUACGCCAAGAUGAACCACGCCUUCCAAAAGACGCACGAAGAGGAUGCCGUGGCCGAAGUGUUGGAUGUCAUGCAAGCCAUGGGAUGGAAAUUUCAGUUCCAAUACGACACGGAAUUUACGUCCGAGAAGAUAUUUGGGAGCGACACGGAAACGAGCAACGAGUUGUGGGUCUUCCACAAGGAACCAGAAUGUUAUCAAGUCUUUAAAGAGACAGCCGAUAUGAAAGUUGGUAUCGGUUGUAGGAAGGACGAUACCAGUGGUUUGAUUUAUGUCUCCAGCGUAGCUCCAGGCUCCAUUUUUGAGUCAACCGGAAUUCAAGUGGGCGCCCCUAUCCUCAGCAUCAAUGGAGUUCCCUGCAAAGGCAAGCAGCUGACGGAAGCUGUUCGCCUUAUUACUUCCAAGGCAGGGCCCGUCAAAGUCAUGACUUACUACUAGCUAGAGCUUUCUACCAAGACACGACAAAAGCAAGAAUAAUAUGGUAGCAACCAUUCAACAGCCAUUCCAAGAUAGUAAUGACAAGCCAUUCAAAGUGCAGACGGCUUUAAUCACUCAUGAGUAUACAAAGUAGAGCAACCUACCGUGCCAUUUUGCUUCAUUGGAGGGGGCACAACUGGUACCGAGGAAGCGAGGACCAAACGAGGACCAACUUUUAUGGUUCUGGCUACGGUAGAAGCACCUUUUCGAUGGUUUUCGCCUUUUGUGCAUCUCAUGACUCUUCGUUGGACUAGCUAGUGUGCCGGUACGAUACAUGAUUGGCUUGAGGUUCAAAGUUUGUUUGCUUUCGCCACAGCAAUCGUACUGUACACAGAGUCUCGUUGCCACUGAAUAUGGAAGGCUUGACUGAUUCCCGGAUGCACCUCCCGCGGGGUGGGAUCUUCUCCCCGCGGCGAGGUUUCCCCAUUUCAAAAGAUAGAUCAUGAGCUUUGUAUUUAUACGAACCUUUCUCUUUGCUUCUUGGCAUGAUAGUACAUGACAUGACAUUCUGCAAUGCGGAUAGUAGCUAUAGAAGCACUGACAUCAACCAACGAAUCAAUUCAAAAUCAAAGGACUGGUCCGUC